AUGGCGAUCGGACAGGUUCAUCUUGAGCAAGAGAAGGCAACACUCGCAAAGGCCGAAGCUCACCUUCAUCAGAGCAAGGCCAAAGUCGCGACAAAGGAACUCGAAGCAGUCAAAGAGCAGGUCAAACAUCACAAAGAGGCUUUGGAGAAGUUGGUGAAAGAGGAGUCGCGUAUCGCGGCAACCAUCAACAUCCAGAACAACAUCCAGACUCAAACGAACAUCUACAUCAAUUCUCUUCGCAUCGAGCAUAGUGAACGCCAAGAUCAAGAUGUUCGACGUCAUACGCCAGUUCCGGCGCCGCAAGAGCCCGCUCCGACGAUCCCACACUAUCCCAACUACGUGACCAGUGGCCGCCAGACUGCAACCUCCGUAGCCCGCCCAUCUCUACCUCGUUACCGCAAACAGUGCAAAUUUGGAAUGCAAUGCGGCUGGGAUGCAUAUGGUUUCGUUCAUCCUGAACAGGAGAUCUUCUACAAAGACGACAUUCAAAUACUGAAGUAUUCCAACUGGGCGAAGGCUAGACAGCGACAACCAGCUCAAGCGUACUUGUACACGAUUGCGACAACAGAGCGUGAACAGGGUUUGGAUACGGAUGCUUUCGAGAUGUCUUUUCAUGGCAUACAAGUACUAUGA